GAAUUGGGAUCUCGACUCAUUUCAAGGUGAGACGGUCUAUCAUUAUCAUUAUUAUUAUUGAAUCGAGAAACUCUCCCAUUAAUCAAACCAAAUCAUACAAAACAGUACUUAUAAACAAAAACUCCUCCCCUCCCCCCCUUUAACCUCCUCAUGCUCUCCUACACAAGGAUUAGAUAACGUGAAGAGGGGCCCAAGCAAAUAUGAAGCACAAAAUUCAGACCCGUUUCGCAUCAGGAAGCUAAAACCCAUUCACAAUUGGUAUCGACCAUUGGAUUGGAGAUAUGGCCUCUGUAGCAGCAGCACCAUUGUCAAUGUCAUCUCCUUUCCUCCGCCUCCGCGCCACCACAAACAACCCCACCCGCUCACUCCUCCCCACUCACAAUCACAAACGUGUCGGCUUCAACAUCCACGCCUCCAACCUCCCCGCCGGAGUGGAAUUGCCUAAAGAGCAACCAAAAUUCGAAGCCCCGUUUCUGGGGUUCACCACAACAGCUGAGAUUUGGAAUUCCAGAGCAUGUAUGAUUGGCCUGAUUGGGACUUUCAUCGUUGAAUUGAUUCUGAAUAAGGGAAUACUUGAGAUAAUUGGGGUGGAGGUUGGAAAAGGCCUUGAUAUUCCUCUUUGAACAUUUUCAGCCAUCAACAGCACCACAGACUUGGACUUUGUAUUUGGUUUCUUGUUGUAAAGAAUUAGUUAUAAGUUCAUUCUCAAAAACAAAAAAAGAUAAUUGUGCUAUGUUUUUUUGGUUUUCGAAUAAAUACCAUGAUGCAUAGCAAA